CAACAUGUGGAUGAAGAUCUUCGUAUUUUUUAUUUUAAUUUUUAUGAUACACCCAUAAACUGAAUUAUUACUAGCUAGUAGAGGCUAUAAAUACGAAGAAGAUAUCUAUAUAUAUACUAUCUAUCAGUGCCAAAAAAAAGUUUUUCAAUAUAUGCAAAUAUACAAUCCUAUUUCUCCGGUGAAAACCAUGGUGAAGAUUUAUCCUCACCUGGCGUUUCCGGUGGAUAUGGACGUCGUACAAGACAAGAUUUUGCCCUACUUAACGACGGAGCAAGAGAGGUUCACGAUUUGGAUGAAAUCUUUGGUGUUCAAUAGCAAAGGCUGCACAGUUUUUGAUUCCAAAGGAAACUUAAUCUAUCGAGUGGAUAAUUAUGAUUCCAAGAGUUGGAGUAAUGAAGUUUACUUUAUGGAUUUAAACGGCAAAAUUUUGUUUACUUUACGUCAAAAGAAACUGGGAUUCUUCAAAUCUUGGGAAGGAUAUAACUCAACCGGGACCAGAUUUCGACUAAGAAAGAUUUUCAAGAUUUUGCCAAGAGAAUCAUCUUCGUCUUACAAAGUUGUAAUGGGAUCACGCAUAGUUGAUGGUGAUCAACAAUCUUGUUAUAAGAUUGUAAAUCGUGGAUCAGUUUUCGCAAUCAAGGAUGGAUCGGGAAGAUUAAUGGCAGAAGUUAAAAACAAACUAUCGGAUAUUAGUGGUUUGGAUCUUGGAGAUGAUGUUUUGACAAUGAUGGUGGAGCCACAACUAGAUCAUUCUUUAAUAAUGGGUAUUGUUAUAGCUUAUAAACUUACCAAAUGUAAAUUGUGAUAAUCAGGUGGUAAUCUUGAAGGUAAGCAUGUUUUAAAGCUAAUUAAACGUUGGCAUAAACCCCAAAUAUCUGGCUUGAAAUUGGAUAUUGAAAAGAUUGCACCAGAAUGCGGAGAAGCUCGGCAUCGUUCAUCCUCAUAAAAGUCAAAACAACCAAUCAGUUCUCUCUUUUUUUAUAUUUUGGUAUGGAAACCUAAUUCUCUUACUUAAUAUUCAAUCCAUUCUUUUCCUCCAACUUCUUCGUAAAUGGCGGAUGAAACUAUAACCCUGUUUCAGCUUAUUGCCAAACCCGAACCGCGCACCAUGGAAUAGUACUGAUCCAACGAGUAUGUUUGAACAAGCUCAAGCUGCCAUUCAAUCAUCGCUAUCAUGACCGUGAUUACUCGUUUUCCCGGUCGUGAGAAGACCCUUUAAGCGUGAUUUUUAUACGGAUGUAUGUUUUACUAAUACUAGUACCAAUUCCACAACAUAAACCAAAAGUGUUUUGAAAUUAGGGUCAUGUUUCUGUUAACAAUAUCUUUAACUAGCUGAGUUAACCAUAAUUGAAUUACUAAAAUAUUUAUCAAACUGAAUUAAAUAGAUUUGGAUGGUAAUUUAGUCAGCAGAAAGAAUUGGAAUUGGUGAAGAAGAUAAUAGACUAAUAGUAAAGGGGUCAUGGAAGUUAUACGAAUGCAUGAAAAGAUAAUAGAGAUAUCAAUCAUACGAUUUUAUUAAACUAAAGGACCAUGUGAUCAGAUUGUAAUUUGUAAUAGCAGAAUGAGCCAUCUCAUAUUCCAUACAUGGUUUUAAAUAGGCUUGUCCAUUUCGGUACUGUUCAUAUACUGUAUGUUCCAAUUUUUAUCCCAUAUUUGUGUGUUUAAAAAAAAUAAAAAUAGCUACUUGAAAUUGUUUAUAGAAUGAGAU